UGCACGGCAUAUCAUUAUUUACAAGUAAAUGAAAAUUAUUGAAGGUAGAAAGUGAACCCAUAAUAACCACAAUGAUUCCUUAGACAAGCUGAUUUCAGAGAUUUUUUUUACUACAUUGCUGGUGUAUUUAAGAGGUUUGAGACGUAGCAUAAUACCAUUCAGAUGAAGUUCAUUCAUCUUUAGUCCUUCCGAUGGCUAUGCAUACCUUAGCAGUCUGGCUUCCUCUAACUCUUAUCUUACUUUGCCCUCUUUUUAUUCUCUUGAAGAAGAAAACAAGGGAAAAGAAGCAGCUUCCACCGUGCCCUCCAAAGCUUCCAAUUUUAGGAAAUUUACACCAACUUGGUGCAUUGCCUCACCAAUCUUUGUGGCAACUUUCCAAGAAGUAUGGUCCUGUCAUGUCGCUUCAGCUCGGUCAUCUACCGGCUGUUACAAUCUCCUCUGCUGAUGCUGCAAGAGAGGUCUUAAAAACUCACGAUCUUGCCUGUUGUAGUAGACCUUCCUUGGUGGGCGCGGGGCGACUCACCUACAAUUAUUCCGAUGUAGCUUUUGCACCAUAUGGUGAUUACUGGAGACAUUUGCGGAAAAUUUGUGUUCUUGAGCUUUUUAGCUCGAAAAGGGUGCAAUCAUUCCAGUCCAUCAGAGAAGAAGAAGUAGCUGCUCUGAUGAACUCAAUCUUUCAAUCAGCGUCGUCCGCAACUCCUGUUGAUCUUACUCAGAAGUUGUUUUCUCUCACUGCUGGUAUAAUAUUCAGGAUAGCUUUUGGGAGGAGCUUUCAAGGAAGUUCUUUACAUCACGAUAGAUUUCAUGAAGUGGUUCAUGAGUGCGAGGCCGUUUUGGGGAGCUUUUCCGCACAAGAAUACUUGCCAUAUGUAGGUUGGAUUGUUGACAGGCUUACCGGUCACCAAGCGCGGCUUGACAGAGUUUUCCACAAGAUGGAUUCUUUCUUCGAACAUGUAAUCGAAGAUCAUAUUGCAUCUGGAAAUGCAGAAAAAGACCAGGAAGAUAUUGUUGAUUUGAUGAUAAGAAUGCAGAGAGAUCAAACAGAGCAUAGGACAACUAGGCUCACAAAAGAUAAUAUCAAAGGCGUCCUCCUGAAUAUCUUCUUGGGAGCAAUAGACACUGGUGCAAUUACUGUAAUCUGGGCGAUGGCAGAACUUAUAAGGAAUUCCAAACUGAUGAAGAAAGCACAAAGUGAAGUCAGAAAUUAUAUAGGAAAUAAAGGAAGCGUAAUCAAAGGUGACAUUGAACACCUCCCAUACCUGAAUAUGAUAAUCAAAGAAACUCUGAGAUUACACCCUCCUGCUCCUCUUCUACUUCCAAGGGAAGUCAUUUCACACUUCAAAGUCAACGAUUACAAUAUAUAUCCCAAAACAUUUCUCCAAGUAAAUGCUUGGGCAAUCGGUCGGGACCCAAACUACUGGAAGGAGCCUGAAGAGUUCAUCCCUGAAAGAUUUGAUGAUAGCUCCAUUGAUUUUAAAGGGCAAAAUUUUGAGUUCUUGCCAUUUGGAGCUGGUCGAAGAAUCUGCCCUGCGAUAAAUCUGGCAACAGCAACACUGGAGCUUGUACUUGCAAAUCUCUUGUACUGCUUUGACUGGAAAUUUCCUAGUGGGUUGAAGGAGGAGGAGCUCAACAUGGAAGAAACAGUUGGCCUUAGCCUCACUGUUUCCAAAAAGACUGGUCUCAACCUUGUCCCUGUCAACUACCUUGAGUCAUUACCAGUAAAUAACACAAGCUGAAGAUCAUUACUCGUGGAUAGAAUAAUGAGCUGCUUUUAUGUUAAGUCGAUCAUAUGUAAUGUAAUGUAUGUAAAAACUAUAUGAAUUCCAUCAUCGUCCUAGCAUAUAUCCCAAAAGUUUGGGGUCGGUUACAUGACUAACCAAAAUAUAUAUAAUAAGUUACAGGCAACAUCUUAGGUUUCACAUUCAAAUUGGAUUGAUAGUCAGUUAGUCACCAUAUUGAGAGGAUCGUAGACUCGAAUUGCAAAAGCUUGAACGACAAUGUAACCAUCCAAUAUAUGAACAUGCUACUCAAACAACAACAACAAUUUCAGCUUUAAAACCAAACAGGAAAGUUAAGGAGCAAGAUGUGUAACCUAUUUUUAUGAAUUUUAUAAGUUUGUUUGUCUUUAGCUUGAAAUCACACAACUAUCUGCUUAGUCUUCAUAGUUUUGAUAAUUAACAAUGUUCAACACAUCCAUUCGCACAACCAACAACCAGAAAUCUUGGAAAUUAAGCAUAUAAUUAUAAUCAAUAGGAAGGUACGCACCAUUUCUUACAGGAAAUUCACA